AUAAUAAUGAUCCAUUCUUAGAUUUUGAAGUUAUAUCUGGGCUAACAUCACUUCAAAUUUCUGGUUCUUGGUUGAAUGCAUCGAAUCAACUCGCUAUUGAUGUAGUUAAUUAUAGACCGCCAUUUACUCACAUCCAACAACCUUAUAAGUCUUAUUACAUUGGUAGCAAUACUCCUCUUGACGAUCCCGAUUAUUAUUUGGAUUUUUUACGUGAAUUGAUAAUCGUUUAUCGUCAUAAUAUUGCAUGUGGUCCAGAUUUUGGCAUGCAUGUGGACGAAGAGAUCCGCCUAAAAUUGCAUUGGUUGAAACAAUUGAUCCUUCUGAAAUUUCAACUAAAUAUACAUUGCAGAUCAUCGUACUUUAGCCUUUCUUAUUUUUGUUCUACGACUGCUAUGCUAACAAAACAAGAAAAUACCAAAUGGUGGCAAUCUGAUAAACCAUUGAUUCAUCAUUUUCAAUGGUGUUUGGACUGGACCAAAGGAUUGACUAAGGGAGUUUUCGUUUUCUCCGGAGAUGUUCCUUGGAGUCAACUUUUGUGUGUGUUAAACGAUUCAAUUGUUGGUUUAGUUGGGAUUACAGAAAACAAGUCUCAUUGUAAAAGGGUAUUAGAUUUACCUACGUGUUUCAUGUUGGAUCAUUCAAAUAAUAUUUCAACUGGUGUUUGUGGCGUGCCGCUCAAAGAGUUAGAAGACGAA